GUCAACCUGCUCGUCUGUGGAUUCCAGAGGAAAAGAACUCAGGAAGCGAGAAAAGUCGGAGCGAGAGAAGCGAGAGAAGCGAGAGAAGACCUGCCAAAGCUGAGCCCUGCCGGCAAAAUCCCUCGUUCCCCCAGUGAAUCCUGGAUAGCUUCGUUGUUUGCUCAGUCUUCACUUUGACUUCACUUCUGACCGCCCGGGGAAAGAAUGCGGGUGCCCUUGUUUCGACUCCAGUGUGGAGUCAACAGCUACGACUGGGGAAAGGUCGGCCAUGACUCUGCCGCCGCCAAAUACGCAGCGACCACCGCUGCUCCUGACUUCUCGGUAGAGGCCGAGAAGCCAUACGCCGAACUAUGGAUGGGCACGCAUCCCUCCCUCCCUUCGAAAGACCUCGAGACGCAGCGGUCCUUGCUCGAUCUCGUGCAGGAUAACCAGGCUUUGAUGUCUACGGAGAUCACGGAACGAUAUGGUGGAAAGCUCCCGUUCCUGUUCAAGGUGCUGUCGAUCCGGAAAGCUCUCAGUAUCCAGGCCCACCCGAACAAGAAGCUGGCGGAGAAGCUCCAUGCCCGGGAUUCCCAGAACUAUCCCGAUGACAACCACAAGCCCGAAAUGACCAUCGCCAUUACGCCGUUCGAAGGGCUGUGUGGCUUCCGUCCGUUGGCCGAGAUUGCCCAUUUCCUCAACGCCGUCGCACCCCUGCGUCAACUGGUCGGCGAGGAUGCGGCCAGCCACUUUGAAAGUACGAUCAAGGGCUCGGAGAACUCGGAGGAUCCUGCAGUGACACAAAAGAACAAGGAGGCUUUGCGGGCGGCGUUCACAUCUCUCAUGCAGUCAUCGCCCGAGAGUAUCGAAGCCGCCACCAAGGAACUCAUCGCGGCGGCCCAGGACUCUCCCGAUAGCUUUGGCACUUCCACCAGCACGCCUGAUACCGACCCGAGCAGCCCGGCCGAGCUGGCCGCCAUCAUCACGCGCCUGAACGGACAGUUCCCCAACGACAUCGGCCUGUUCGUGUUCUUCUUCCUCAACUUCGUCACGCUGUCCCCCGGAGAGGCCAUGUUCCUGAAGGCGGACGACAUCCACGCCUAUAUCUCCGGAGACAUCAUCGAGUGCAUGGCGUCUUCCGACAAUGUGGUGCGGGCGGGCUUCACCCCCAAAUUCAAGGAUGUCAGCACGCUCACCGACAUGUUGACGUAUUCCUACGCGCCCAUCGAGGAGCAGAAGUUGGAGCCAGCCGACUAUCCGUUCGUCAUCCUCAAUGUUCCGGCGUAUUCCAGCGGCUCGUCCAGCUUGCUCUACGACCCUCCCAUCGAGGAGUUCAGCGUGGUGAAGACGGAGCUGAAGCGCAUUGGCGCCAAGGCCACCUUUGACGGUCUGGCCGGGCCUAGCAUUAUCAUCUGCACGGGCGGCACCGGAAAGAUUACGGUUGGCCACAAGACGGAGGAGGUCAAGGAGGGAUAUGUGUACUUCGUGGGCGCCACGGCCGAGUGCAUUAUCGAGAGCACCGAGGAGGGCGAUUUCACCACCUUCAAGGCGUUCUGCGAUCUGACGGGCAAGGAGGACAUGGUCAACGGUCACUAAUCUUGUGCAUAAGACGCCACCAAAUGAAGCUAAAGAAUCAGCAGAUGCAAAUAUAAUGGACCCCUGCAAUGUUUCUGCAGUUAAUCUUAUUUCCGCCCCAGCCGAGGCACCUACUAAGACUGAAGCGGGGAACUCCCCGGUCUAUACUC